ACCGUCACCUGCAAAGGUUUUGUGUUUCCAACACGUUUUAAUUUUUUUCUGGACAGUUGUUACUCACAGAGCAGACGUUAUUACCGUAAACGCGAGUAACUACCGGUAUGUUUGUCGAAUAAUCAAGGCUGUUCAUAUGUGAUAUGGAGAAAAAAAAACCGGCCAAGUGAAAAAGAAUUAACGAGCUAAUUAGCUAGCACAGCAGUUAUUUUGUCAUUAAACCUCGCGUAAACCAACUCAAGAAGCCUCGCUGCUAUUUAAAAAGCAAAAUAUCGUGUAACGUUUGUUAGAAAAUAAGUAAUUUUUGGCGCCUUUCUGAUUGGGAGCUGGACCUACCCCGGCAGGUGAUUGGAUGACGUCGUGCCACGUGCACGCUCCCGCCUCCCCUUUUGCUGCCACACGAGGACUUUUAAUCGUAUGUCAGCGCUGCCGUCUGAGGAAACACGCACGGAGGUUCAGACUGCAGCCUUGUGCAGAGUCCAUAGAAGCUCUGGCCACUUAAUGCAUUAAGUUUGGACUGCUUUUAAAGAAUCGUGAUGGCUUUGAGAUCAUUUGACAUUGAUGCUCCACGAUGGGACCAGUCUUCGUUCAUGGGCCGGCUGAAACACUUCUUCAACAUCACUGACUGUCGAACGGCGCUCUUAUGUGACUCACGUUUGGAUGAUGCCAAAGCACUCGUGCAGAGCUGCAGGGAAGGAUCCAUUCCGCCCGGCACCACAGAGCAGCAGCUCCACUAUGCAAAGAAGCUUUACGACUCAGCCUUCCACCCAGACACGGGCGAACGCAUGAACCUCAUCGGCCGCAUGUCCUUCCAGGUCCCAGGAGGCAUGGCUAUCACCGGCGCCAUGCUGCAAUUCUACAGGAGUGUUCCUGCUGUGGUGUUCUGGCAGUGGGUGAAUCAGUCCUUCAACGCUCUGGUCAACUACACCAACCGAAACGCUGCUUCUCCCAUCACUCCCAAGCAGAUCGGUGUGGCGUACGUAACGGCAACCAGCACAGCUUUGGCAACAGCUGUGGGACUGAACCUCUACACAAAGAGAGCGCCUCCUCUUGUUGCUCGCUGGGUUCCGUUCGUAGCCGUAGCAGCCGCCAACUGUGUUAAUAUUCCCAUGAUGAGGCAACAGGAACUCUUGAGCGGUAUCGCAAUUACAGAUGAGAAUGGUAACAAACUCGGCCACUCUAAGAAAGCAGCGGUAAAAGGCAUCACACAGGUGGUCAUCUCUCGGGUCACAAUGGCAGCACCUGGAAUGAUUAUUCUUCCCAUAAUUAUGGAACGGCUGGAAAAAUACAAGUUCAUGCAGAGAAUUACUUUUCUUCAUUUUCCGAUUCAAGUGACAUUGGUGGGAGUGUUUCUGGUGGUCAUGGUGCCCGUCGCUUGCUCCUUGUUCCCUCAGAGAUGUUCCAUGGCAGUGUCAAAGCUGGAGCUGGAGUUGAAGGACAGCAUCAGGGCUCAAUAUGGAGACAGUAUACAACGUGUCUAUUUCAAUAAAGGCCUCUGAACCAGAGGAGGCCAGUAAAUGUCUUACACCCAAGACUGAAUACAUAUUUUACGUAAUUCAUCGCCUGUUUUUUUUUUUGUUUUUUUUCUCUUCUGUGAUGUAAUUUCAACAAUCUUAAUUUCUUCAUUACAAAAAUCAGAGGACAUGCUUACAACAUACAUAUACCUCUGCCAACGUACAACAGUUCUCUGUUUAUCUAUCUUAAACUGAUUUGAAGUGUAGUUGGGGAUGCUGUUUUGCCAAAGUAAAAAUUGGACGUGGCUAUAGACAUUUCUGUGCUGUUGUGGUCCAAGUGGCUAAAACAGAACCUGGUAGUACCA